GUGUUUUUCGAAUAAAUUUUGUGAAUUUUCAUCUAUAGAUUGAAUUUAUUUUUUUUUUUUUUUCAUUCAAAUUUCCUUCAUUCCAUUACAUCAUUGAGACAAAUUGUUAAAGAAAAAAAAUUUCAAUGAUUCGAUCCGAUAAAAUGCGUACUACAUACGAGAUUGAUUGUCUUAAAUUUAGCAAACUGUCAAUCAGUUCGCCACCAAAUUCUCGUAAAGAUUAUUCACGAUCAUCAGUGGUAGCUGCUACAAAUGUAGCAGCCGCUGCUGCAGCUGCAUCAAUGGCAGCAGCUACUGUUGGACAUCAUCAUCAUCAUCAUCAUCAUCUACAUCAUAAUCAUCAUCACCACAAUCAUCAUCAUCAUCAUCAUCAUCAUCAAAAUCAUAAUCGACAAAAUAUGAAUGGUUAUGGAAAACCAUUAUUGCCAAGGAUUGAUUUUCCUACCAGCCAAUUUGAUCGAUUAUUGCAUAUGGAUCAAAAAGAAUUUAAUAAUAAUUCAAAGAAACAUAUUGGAUUCAGAUCAACAGCAUAUGAUGAUAAUAAUAAAAAGAAUCAUAAAAAAUGAAGAAUGAAAACAAAACAAAAAAAAAAUUUCAACAAUAUG